AUGGCGACCGGUAAAAGUGUCGCGGGGCGGGGGGCGGCGUGGACAGGGGCAUCGCUGGCCGAGGACCUCAGGCGCUGGGCGGCGGAAGAGAUGAAGCUUCCUCCGGGCAAAGUUCCCUCCCAGAAGGCCGCACGCAGAAUGUGCUCAGGUCAGUGUGCUGACAUCUGGAAGUACAUCAUCCGCCACGUUCAUCAUCAGAGGACUGUAAAGAAGAUCCGUGGGAACAUACUGUGGUAUCAGCAGAUGGAAAAAAGUGAGGGCAAGCCCAGUGACUCUGAAUCAGAUAAAGAACGCCGCAAGCAUCUAACUCAGGCCAUUUCUCGCUUGAAGGAAGAAAUACAGCAGAUGGACCUUCAGAUAGAAUUGGGGCAGCGUGAGCUUGUAACCAGUGAGGUCACCCUGGAAACGACUCAGGAAAAGAUCCGGGAUGCCAAGCAACGCAGUUUGCUCCUAAAGGCCUACUCCACACGGGUCACAGCAGAACGCCAACAAUUGAACAAGAAAGCUGCACAAGUCAAGGGGCGUUUGGAGCAGUUGGAAGAAAAGAAAGCCAAGAUGGCCGUGUGUUUUGGUGGCAAACACCCAGAGUCUCGGUUCCCCAUCUCGGAGUCUGAAGUCCUGCGGGAUGUCCAGGAAGGCUGCCAGCUGCGUUUCCAAUUCCUGAAGACCCUUUUUGAAGACAGCAUCUCUGGGCGCACUCCAGGGGCGAACGAGAAAGAGAUGAAUACUACUUACCAAUAUUGGCUGAGCAUCGUGGAGAAAGUGAUCGGUACCCAUCCUGCUGCCCAUGUCCUUUCAGCUCUGGAGCACUUGGCCCUUCAGAACACAAUGAAGCUGCAGGAGUUGACGGACAAGAUCAACAUCCCCCAAGAUGUGGCUGCCCUCAAGUUCCAUUAUGACAGCACACACCUGCAAGAUGUCUCGGAUUCAGUGGACGAGCUGCCUUCCGUCCGGGUUCUUAUUCAGGAGGGCUGGAGCAAAUGCGAGAUGCUCUGCAUGCAGCAGAUUCCCCUACACGCUGUGGAGAAAGACCUGCUGGCACGCCUUGAAGCCCUCGUGAAGGAGAUGCACAGUCUCCUGUCUGAUGGAUCGGAGCGCUCCAUCCUGGCCAGAGCGGCCUUUGAGAUGGAGCUCCGUGCGGUGAGGCUGCGAGGAUACAGGGAUGGGCUGCUGCUGGGCUGUCAGGAACUGGAAGAAGCGGUGAAGGCCCGGUACGCAGAACUGCAGAGCUUGCAGGCGAAACGCCAGCGCAUUUUGGACUUCCGCCAUUUGGUGAAUGAGAAACAGCAACAUGUUCGGGCCCUUAUCAAAGGCACUUCAUAUAUCAAAUCCCAGCUUCGCAAGGACCAGGCUGAGAUCCAGGAUUUCAUACAGAAAAAACUGCUCCCUCAGGCCCAACGGGUGCAGCUGGAGACCCAGCAGCUUCACGACAGGAUAGGCCGUGAGGUCCAGCAUUUCAAAACCAUUGCCUUGCCUUGUCUGCCGACUCGCCAGAUAGCUGGGUCUCAACACAUCCCAGCCCACAAACUUUCUAUCCAUUGCUUAAGCCGGACAGCACCGUCCGAAAAUCGGGCCUUCCUUAACGUAUGCAAUGGAAUUAGCUUUCCCCUUUAUAAGGCUCCUGAACAGCUCCUUCUCCAUAUGGUGGAGCUGAAGAAGAUGCUUGCUUACGUGCGUGCCCAACUGGGCUCCAAACAAAGAGCUUUGGGAAGUCUGCAGCACCAGCUGGAUAGUGCCCCAGAGCCUGAUGUACCAUCCUUGGUGAGAGAAGUGCAGUCCCAUGACCAGAAACAAGCCUUUGAGUUGCUGCCUCGCAUACAAUGCCUGAUGGAACAGUGCCGGUGUCGCGUCGAGCGUUGGCCUGAGAUCCAAGCUACUCUGGAUGCCUGGUGGGAACAGCCGGGACAGUUUGUUCUACCGCAGGAGCGCCGCCACGGUUUCACCUUGCAACAGUGGCUGGAGCGUUGGACCUUGGCUGCCAAGAACCUGCAGCAGCAGCAGAUGUGGCUUUGAAAAACAGCCCAAAGCCCUGCUGAAGACAGAGCAGCUACGCCUGUGCUUCCAUCCGGCUGCUAAAAGACAGCUCUUAAUUUCAUUAAAGGGAGUAAGCCGUUUU